GCGCGCGGUUGCACAGAGUGGACCUCUGGAGUCUACAUUUAUAAUGCUUUGUGCUUUUUGGACAGCUGGUUAAGGUAAAUAUGUCGACCAAGGGGAAACAGUAGACUUUAAUCGCGUCAUUCGCUAAUGGUUAUGGGAUUUCUUCACCGUAACUUACAAUUCAUAAGAGAGCUGUCUCUACCUGGAGAGAGAAGAGUGAAGACAGAUCGACCGCUUCUCCUCUCGAUAGUUUUUUCUUCUUCUUCUCUUCACCCGGAUUAUAUGGCACUAGACGUUGGAAAUAUACUCGAUAGCGGAAGCAGGGAGUUGGAUGCUGUGAUUCCAGGGCUCUUCUCGCUUUGCGAUGGUGUUUAAAAACAAGUUGAACUGAGCCAAAUUUGCAAAGGUCACCCUCAACAAUCUGCCAAUGCUUUGCUUUCACUAUCCUUUGCUUUUAACUGUAAAACUGUAGAGGCUGUUGACUCCAGUGGUUGAGACAUCGGACACCUGGAGAAGAAGGCGAGGAAAGUUUGGAGAGAAUGUCGAGUCGCAGGGUGAAGCAUGAGCUGCCAGUGUACUGAUUUUAGACUGGCGUAUCUGAUGAGUCUAUGGGUGUGUGUUGCACUAAGCCUUCACUGCUGGGUUUCAGCCCCUGUGGCAGCCUCCCAUGAUGCCGCUGGUCCAUUUGGGUGGCUCCUUUCAGAUAAAGGGCCUUUUCAUCACUCACAGGAAUUUGCAGAAUUUGUGGAGCGUUAUCAACAGGGCUUCACAACCAAAUAUAAGAUUUACAGAGAGUUUGGGCGCUGGAAGGUGAACAGCCUGGCUCUGGAGAGAGAGGACAAUGGCGUGGCUCUACCCCUCGAUCCAGAGUUCAUGCAGACCAUCAGACAGUUGGGCCGCAGACCCACUCUCAGUGCCAUUACCGAGAACAUCAUCAGGAAAUAUGGCACACACUUUCUGCUCUCAGCUACACUCGGAGGUGAGGAGGCGUUGACUAUAUUUGUGGACAAGCGGAGGCUAAGCCGGACGGCAGACCUUACUGACUCAAACGGCACGGCUGUGACUCUGGAGGCCCUGCACCAGCUGGCUGCCUCCUACUUCAUAGACAGAGAGAGCACUCUGCGCAGACUACACCACCUCCAGAUUGCUUCCACUGCUAUCAAGGUGACCGAAACAAGGACAGGCCCUCUUGGAUGCAGUAACUAUGACAACCUCGAUUCUGUCAGUUCCGUUUUGGUCCAGAGUCCUGAAAACAAGAUUCAUCUACAAGGGCUUCAGGCCAUUCUGCCAGAAUACCUAAGGAGCAGAUUUGUGGAGGCAGCUCUCAGUUAUAUUGGCUGCCACUCUGAGGGCGAGUUUGUGUGCCGGGAUAAUGACUGCUGGUGCAAAUGCAGUGGUGAUUAUCCCCAGUGCAACUGUCCCAGUGAAGACCUGAAGGCAAUGCAGGACAGUCUGAAACUCAUCAGAGAGUCAUGGAUGCAAGCCAACCAAGAGUUUGAAGAGUCUGAGGACUUCCAAAAUUUUGUGAGGAGAUUACCAACAUUCUAUGCUCUGAACACAUCUGCUGUGCAGUACUUUUGGAAGAUGGACCCUGGCGUUCAGCAGCGCUUUCAGCUGCUGGAGACUAGCACUCAGCAGCUGCUCAGCAAAGCGCAGCGGAUUGUCGGCAAACUCUUCAAACUCAGCAAAAGGUGUCGGACUCAGCCCAAAAUAUCUGUGCCCAGGGAGAGGCCUCACAACUACUGGCUUAGGUAUAUCCUCUCCAUCAUGUACUGCAGUGAGAACAAACAGAUAGGCUCCUACAUGGAGGAAACGCGGACCUGCUCCUGUCAUUACGAGCACCCAUCCUGCCAGGGCAUUAUCCCGUGCUACGUAGGCGAUGGUCCUCACUGCGCCUCCUGCUCCUACGAGAACCGCUCUCGCUGUGCCAGCUGCAAUCCCGGCUACAUGCUGAGCCAAGGGUCCUGUAGGAAUACCAUACCGGAUUCUACUGACAACUACAUCGGGUUCGAGACGGACCUUCAGGACAUGGAGCUGCGCUACCUGCUUCAAAAGAAGGACGGGCGGAUCAGUAUUCAUGCCAUGUUCAUAAGCAAUGAUGUCAGACUCAACAACUGGUUCGAUCCCAGCUGGAGGAAGAGGAUGCUGUUGACACUGAAGAGCAACAAGUUCAAAUCGAACCAUGUCCACAUGCUCCUAGGGAUCUCCCUGCAGAUAUGCCUUACUAAAAACAGCACCCUGGAACCCGUGCUGUCCGUCUACAUCAAUCCAUUUGGAGGUAGUCAUUCUGAGAGCUGGAUCAUGCCAAUUGACCAGAACAGUUACCCUGACUGGGAAAGGACCAAGUUAGACAUCCCGCUUGACUGUUAUAACUGGACCCUGUCUCUGGGUAACAAGUGGAAGACCUUUUUUGAGACGGUACACAUUUACCUGAGGAGCCGUGUCAAAACGGCAUCAGUUCAGGGGAACGGCAGCAUCCAUUUCGAGCCAUUGGAAUACAUGGACUCUUCUCGUAACCUGGGCUACAUGAAAAUUAACAGUAUGCAGGUGUUCGGAUAUAGUAUGCACUUUGAUCCAGAUGCAAUUCAGGACUUGAUCCUGCAGCUGGACUAUCCGUACACGCAGGGCUCGCAGGACUCGGCCUUGCUCCAGCUGCUGGAGAUCCGAGACCGGGUCAACCGUCUCUCUCCACCAGGCCAACAACCUCUGGACCUGUUUGCUUGCUUAUUACGCCACCGUCUCAAACUCUCUACCGCUGAUGUUGUCCGAAUUCAGACUGCUCUUCAGGCCUUCAGCUCCAAGCAGCCCAACUCAAUGGAGUAUGAAACUACCAAACUAUGUAGCUAAUAAGGCACUGCUAGGUAGCAGUUUGUUUGUAGCUAUUUCAGUAACUAUAGUUAAAUGGCCUGAUAUACUUUUAGAAAAGAAUAUAUAUAUAUAUAUAUAAUUAUAUAUAUUGAAAAACUGCUGGGAUACAGUGUUGAUGGUGAUGCAACAGUUGGUUUGUUUGAGCCACUGAUGUAAUGGGCCACUUCAGAAGGAUGGCCAAAUCUAUUGCCUUUUUGUUUCUUAACUGCAAUGAUGACUUACGAUAACUCAUGCUUUUCCACUGCAUGAUAUGGCACGGUAUGGUUCCCUUUUGGGGGAUUUUCCACUGAGUACAGUACCUGAUACGUUCAAUCUUCCUCUCGUUGAUUUCAAAGGAGCGGAUCCAGUGAGUGUCAUGUCAGCUGUCUGAUCACCCUGUUUUUCGGUGUGUGGUUUUGUUUAUGUCGUCAUUUCAUGCGCACAUGGUGUUUUGUUUUGGUUUUGAUCGUUCGUCUUGCAACUAUCUGUGGCGUUCCUCCCUCCCCCUCAUUACUACAGUUUCCGCUUCUAAUUGUUUGACUCCACUCACCUGCAUUCAAUGUUUGUCCAUCUCUUCCUCUAUUUAUUCCCGUCUGUCGCGCCAAUCGGUGCCAGAUCGUCGUUCGACUACAGCCCAUGUGUAGUCAUUCUGUCUAGUCCUGCUCUGUCGUGCCAUUGUCUGCUGCUACUGGUUUUGUUUUGCUUUUUCUAUUUUUUCCCCUCCCUCAUUUACUAGACCGGACCCCUAUACUCCUCAGAAGUGUUUUGGUUUGCUCCGUGACGGGCUCUCUCGUGUUCUCCUCCCUCCUCCACUUCCUACGCGGCCGCGCCAUCGGGCGCCCCCUGCCGGGUGUUUACGAAAGGACAUUCAAGCCUCUUAUUUUCCUGCUGGACAUUUUUCUAUUAUUUCCCGGCCUGUUUUUGUUAGUUGGAGGGAGUUUUUCUUUUGGAUUUUUUUUUUGAAUAAAUUCUCACACCAUACCUGCAUCUGUGUCCAGUUGUGUUCCUGACAGUGAGAGCUUGAUGGAACGACGCAGAAUGAAAAUGUUUGUCGCGAGUUGCGGCAGUAGAGGAGUCGCAACAAUGGACAUGUGGAUAAUCCCGCCCACUCUAAAUCAGUACUAAACUGCAGUGGAAAUGCAAAACAAGUCGUGUGGUACUGCACUGAGCCGUAGCGAGCCGAGCCAUACCACGCAGUGGAAAAGCACCAAUAGUCUGAUGGCCUCAUUUCAGUUUCAUGGCACACUGUAGAAUUUAGCAUCAGCCUCAGUGCUGAUAAACGAUGUGUGCGGUAGGACUUGUCCAGGAACAGACUCUUGAUUUUUAAAGUGACUUUUAUUUUCACCUCUUUAUUCUCUUUAAGUAUAACAGAGGCAGCAAACACAUGGUGAGCCAAACCUUGUUAGUGUAAUCAGGGGUUCCUGCGGUGUCUGGGCAGAAUUCUGACUUUAAAAAAUAAACAUUUUGCCUUUUCUAUGCUGUCUGUCAACACUGUAACUCUCAAAAAUGUCAGUAUCCUAAUCAACAAUAGAUGGUUUUAUUGAUGCUUAAAACAUUUUUUUUACGGUGUUUGUUGAAAUAUGAAUGUAGGAGGAAAGCUGUUUAAAAAUCACAAUGCCAUAAGCAAGGUACUUAUUAUAUAUGCUGUUUCAUGUACAUUUAUUUUUAUAAAAUCUAUUAUUUGUGACAAGUUACAAAGGUAAUGUCCAUAAAUUGUAUAGAACAUGAAUUUGUGAAUACUCUAAAUAAAAGUCAUUUUUAUGUGGCAUCUGUAAA